CACUACUACUAAUCUUAAAUCAUUGAACACGAAAACGCGCAACCACUUAGACAAGCAAACGCGAAAUCCAGCAAACAAACAGCCAUGGAUACCACUUCAUCCAAUCAAAAAGAUUAUACUAUUAUUUAUCUUUAUUCCUCCGCAAAACAAAACAAAAUUAAAUUAUUUUUAAUGAUUCUUCUGAGAGAUUUGGGUUGGAAAAUGGUGUUCAAACAAAUACAGUCAUUCACUAGUUGUUCACAUGUGAUUAGGAGAUUCUGAGCCUCUCUCGUGCAUUUUGAAAAGGACAAUUUUGUAUAGUUUUUGUUGUAAUUGAUUCGUUGUACGAAAAUUUACAUUUUAUUGGUGAUUUAAAACUAAUUUCUCGAGAAUGUGUUAUUUUUUAUACCUCGUUAUUGAUUGGUAAUGAAGGUUCAGGUCGCCAUCUAUGUCCCUCGAUUAUGUUGAUUAGUUAAGAAAAUAAGUAAAAAGUAAAUUACAAUAGCAAUCAUUUGCUCAAGUCGAACUUAGAUCUUUUGAUGGAUCUUAACCUAUUCUAAGUCGAACUUACAAAUUUGAGUUUUACCUGGUCUCGAAUACUUGAAAGUAGGGCUGGGAAACGGUGCGGUCUGGUCCAGACCAGACCAUAUAUACGGUCUAUGGUCCAGACCGAGAGGCUAAAGUAUAGACUACAGACCAGACCACAGACUAUACGGUCUGGUCCAGACCACGCCUGUACGGCCUGGUUCGGUCUGGUCUGGUCCAAAUAGACUACACUCAACGAAAAAUGAAUAAUUUGUUUAGUCAACCACAUAAAACAUUGAACCAAUAACCAAGAAAAAUAAUUGUUAUUUGCCUUAAAACAUUAAUCUUAACAUGCAUGAAUAAUUUUGGUACCCUAAAUCUUAGUACACAACAAAGAUACAAAGUAAAAACAUCUCAGCUUGCACCAUAACGUCAUAAACAUUAACAUAAUGUCAUAUGAAGACACUAUUAUCUCUACUCUCUGGUUAAAUGUGGUUGUGAAUGAAGAAGGGAAGAGAUUCACAAAAUUAAGGUUGAGACUUGGGUGUCGUUGUGGGAGUUUGGAGAAUGGUCGAAUGGGCUGUUAACACGUAUUGACAAGUCAGUUGAGUCCACGGUUUGGUCCGGUAAACCGCGGUCUAGACCAGACCAGGCCAAGAGAUCAAAUCAUAAAAUAAUACAGAUCAUGGACCAGACCAGACCAUACUUCACGGUCUACGGUCCGGACCAAACAGUGCGGUACGGUUUGGACCACGGUUUUACUAACGGUCAGGUCUAUUUUCCAAGCCUACUUGCAAGAAAUGAAUUAGCACAGUAAAAUUGGGCCCAAAAUAUUAUUUACUCGAGCCCGUGUCUUUCUUACCGCCAUGGCCCAGUUGUAGGCCCAACACGGUAGUUGAAAAGUCAAGCAGGCAGGCACGUUAGUUAAAAUAACAACUCUCACUGUAUACUCUCAAGAAAAUUUCACACCCCACCCGACGCGCCUCCACCACCCGCCAUUCCCCUUUUCCUCCCACCUAUUUAUUAUUAUAUUAUUUAUUUUUCAGUUGGCGCCAGAUUACAUUAUUCUUUUUCCGCCUAAUCUGCCAGCUGGUUUGACUCCGAAGAAUUAUAUAUACUCGCAAUUUCCCCCUAUCUCUCCCAAUUUCUCAAACCAAAUCCCUAACAGACAAUUGAAAUUCUCUCAUCCAAUCGACGGCGACGGAACCACCGAUCCACCACCGGAAAGCAGAGGAAUCAACAAUGGGGAACUACGUCUCCUGCACGCUGGCGACUCCGCUGACCAAGAGCGGGAAGGCGGCGGCGGCGGCGAGGGUGGUGUUCCCCGGCGGCGAGGUGAGGCAGUUCCGGGACCCGAUCAACGCGGCGGAGAUCAUGUUCGACUGCCCGAGCUUCUUCCUCGCCAACUCCCAGUCCCUCCAGAUCGGCCGCAGAUUCUCGCCGCUCCCCGCCGACGAGGAGCUGGAGCUCGGGAAUGUGUACCUCACGUUUCCGAUGAGGAGGGCGGGCUCCCUCGUCACCGCCGCCGACAUGGCGGUGUAUUUCGUGGCGGCGAACUCCGCCGCGAAAAGGAUCGGCGGCAGGUCGGGUGAUCCGGCCAGGAUCCGGCCGGAGGAGGUGGAGCUGGAUCGGAAGAGCUUGGAGGAGAUGUCGGAGGAAUUGGAGCUUCCGGCGGAGUUUAAGCACCGGCUGUCCAUUUGCCGGUCGAGGAAGCCGAUGCUGGAGACUAUUAGGGAAGAGCCGGCGACUCCUGUGCUUUCCAGAUGAUUAAAGAAGGGGGGGAAAUGGAAAAAUCGGUACGGCGGCGGCGGCGGAGACUUCCAAUUUGAUGUUAUUACCUUUUUUAACCUAUAACAGUGGAAGAGCAGAGCUUGAGGAAGGUUCAGAGACGGUGACGGUGGAGGAGUGGAAAUGAUAUUUGGUUUGUUUUGGGUAGUAAAGUGGAAUUUUUUUUAGACUUGGGGGAUUAGAUGUACAAAGGAAAGGAAGAUUGUAGAGGGGGAUGGAAAUGGGAUGUAUAAUUAAUUGUAUACAUUGCAUAUCGAGAUUGUUGUUUGUUGAUUGAGAAGAUUCAAUUAAUUCAAUUAUUGUUC